GUAAAACACAAAAAUAUUUUUCAAGCGCCUAAAAAAUGGAUUCACUUUCACGAACUCGAAAAAAAAAUCCAAAUAACAUUAGUGAUGAUGAAAUGGGCGAUAAUUUAUUGAAUGAUGACAUAUUAAUUGAUGAUAAUGAAAUAUCUAAACGUGGCAAAAAAAGAACCAAAGAAGAUACUCCAGUCAUGGGAAGUACUGGUAAACGUAUUUUAAAUAGGUCGGGACCAGGUCGUCCAAGAAAACAAAAUUCUCUACCAGUUGAUCCUGCCUCAUCUCUUUUUGAAAUUGUUAAACAAGGAAGGAGUUCAUUUCAAGCAGUUGUUGAUGAAUGGAUUGAAAAGUGUAAAAAAGAUAAAAUGGUAGCAGUAGGCAACUUAAUGCAAUUUUUUGUUGACUCCUCAGGCUGCAAAGGGAAAAUUACACAAGAAAUGCAAACUACUAUGGAACAUUCUGAUAUUAUAAGGAAGAUGACUGAGCAAUUUGAUGAGGAUAGUGGUGAUUACCCUAUUAUUAGUGGAGGGAUUUUCAAGCGUUUUAGAAUAAACUUUUGUGACUUUGUUCAGAUAUUAAUAAAACAAUGUCAAUAUAGUAUUAUAUUCGACCCCUAUGUUAUUGAUAACAUACUGCAUUUUUUAAUUGGAUUGGCUGAUUCCCAAGUUAGAGCUUUCAGACAUACAUCAACUUUAACUGCUUUGAAGAUAAUGUCAGCCCUUGUUGAUGUAGUAUUAAAUAUAAACACAAAUAUUGAUUACACAAUCCGGCAAUUUGAAACAGAGAAACAAAAAUGUCAAGGAAAAAGACCUACAGAAAGAUUGGAAAUGCUUACUCAAAAAAAACAAGAGACUGAAGAAAACAUGAAUGAUGUAUGUACACAAUUGAGCUAUAUAUUUAGAAGUAUUUUUGUACAUCGAUAUCGUGAUACAAUUCCUGAUGUUAGAGCUUUAUGCAUGCAGGAAAUAGGUAUAUGGAUGAAAAAAUUUCCUAAGAUGUUUUUAGAUGAUAGCUAUUUAAAAUAUAUUGGUUGGACCCUAUAUGAUAAAGUUGGAGAAGUUAGAUUGAAAUGUCUAUUAUCACUCCAGCCUUUAUAUGCUUCAGAAGAACUUACAGUCCGAUUAGAGCUAUUUACAAAUAAAUUUAAGGAUCGCAUAAUAGCUAUGACUCUGGACAAGGAAUAUGAAGUUGCUGUUCAGGCUGUAAAGUUGAUCAAUAACAUUCUUAAAUUUCAUCGAGAAAUUUUAACCGAUAGAGAUUGUGAACAUGUUUAUGAGUUGGUUUACUCCAUACACAGACAAGUUGCUCAAGCAGCAGGGGAAUUUCUAAAGGAAAGACUAUUUACAUUAGAUGAAGAAGCCAUGGGAAAAUCAAUUAAGACAAAAAGGGGCAAGAAAAGGUUACCCAAUACACCACUCGUACGAGAUCUUGUUCAAUUCUUUAUUGAGAGCGAACUACAUGAACAUGGUGCCUAUCUUGUUGAUAGUUUGAUUGAAACUAAUGAUAUGAUUAAAGAUUGGGAAUGUAUGACUGAUUUGCUUAUCGAAGAACCUGGUAGAGGAGAAGAAGCUUUAGAUAAUAAUCAAGAAACCAGUUUGAUUGAAAUUAUGACUUGCUGUGUUAAACAAGCUGCGACGGGAGAGGCACCAGUCGGUAGGACAACAUCGAAAAAGGGACAUCUAUCGGCAAAAGAAAACAAGUUACUCCAAGAGGAACGGAGCAAAUUGACAGAACACUUUAUUAUAGCAUUGCCAAGCCUUUUGGCUAAAUAUAUAGCUGAUCCUGAAAAAAUUUCGAAUCUAAUGUUAAUUCCACAAUAUUUUGAUUUGGAUUUAUAUACAUCUAAUAGAUGUGAAAAGUACCUGGAAUAUUUUUUGAAAUAUGCAGAAGAAAUCAUGCUAAAACAUAUGAAUCCAGACGUUUUAAGCACUUGUGCAAAAACUUAUGAGUUAUUAUGUUUGGAGGAAAACUCAAUCAAUGGCAGAUGCAGAAUAUCUAAGAGCACUUUGAUUGACAAUUUAGUUGAAAGAUUUAAAAUUACUUAUGAAGAGUUUAUGCAAGAAAAGGAAGAACCGGAUGAAGAUCAAAUAUUUGCUUUAUUAUCAAGUUUAAAAAGAUUAAGUUCAUUUAAUGAAUUUCACGAUAUUACGAAUUGGGAUUUAUGGGAUUAUUUAAUUACAAUUUUAAAAUAUGGAUGUGAUGUGAAUAGAAAAUUUCCAAUAUCUCAAGAUAUUCUCUGUAAAGCUUUAUCUUGCGCACAUUUUCAUCUUCUUUGGUACCUUAAUAAUAUUAACAAUGUGGCCAUGACAUCAAAAAAAGCCUCUAUCGAAGAUAAAAAUAAUUUAGAAAGUCACGAUAUAAACAAUUUAUCGGCAGCUAUGAUAGAAUCAAUAAAAACUCUAAAAUCUCGCCUGUGUGAUUAUAUUACUUUUGGUCAAGAAUUGAUGUAUGCAGGUUCAUAUUUAGAGGAAGAUAUAUAUUUAUCAAUCUGUGAUUUGUUAAUUGCUUUCAAUCGACACAUAUCAUAUAUUAACCCAACAUUAGAACACAUUAUAUUUGAGCCUGACAAAAAUUUGAUCACCCAAUUGAACAGUUUCAUUAUAGAAAAAGUAUUUAUCAAUAUUUCUGAAAACGAAGAGGAAUUCACAGUCGGCGGCCAUGGGAAGAUUGAGCAAUUAAGAAAAGGAAGAAAUUUUUUGGCAUCUUUUUGCAAAUUAAUAAUAUAUAAUGUGAUUAGUAUUCAAAAUGCAGUUGAUAUAUUUCGGAACUACACUAAAUUUUAUACAGAUUAUGGAGACAUUAUAAAAAUGACAAUUGGUAAAGCUCGGGAAAUUAAUAAAGUUAGCUGUGCCAAAGUGAUGAUUACAGCACUGCAAUAUCAUUUUAAAGAUAUGUUUAAACUAUCUCAAAAUGAAUUGUUGACUUCGCACAACAAUUUACAAUCUACAGAAGCAUCAGGCAAUAUCAAUGUCUUAAAUUUAAUUAAAACGAAUUCAUGGCAUGAAGGAUUCUCAUCAUUAAAAGAAUUAGGGAGAAGAUUUUGUUUAUCAUUUGGAUUGGAUCAAAUAAAAAAUAGGGAGGCUAUAGCUUUGAUACACAAAGAAGGUAUUAUAUUCUCCUUAUCUUCAACACUAAAUAAUAUGGAAACUGUGCAAAAUCAAAAUUACUUGUCGCCUCCACACAAUUUAUAUUUUUUGGAUGUAGUCGGUGAGUUUUCUAAUAAACUUAUGAAGCAAGACAAACGUACCGUGUUGACAUUUUUGGAUAGGCAUUUAUCACCUGGUACAUUGAGUUAUAAAGGUGACGAAUGGCAACCUUUAUUUAAUUAUCGAAAUAGUCUAUUACAAAAUAUAGAUAUCGAAUCUCACACAAAAAUCAGAUCCAAUCAUAAUAUAUCACAGCAAUAUAUUCACAAUUCCCCUCUAGCUUUAAAUCAACCAAAUUACUCACUUGCAAAUAAUUCUCAUUUACAAAAUACAAUAAUGGAUUCCUUUGCACAGUCAAUUAUACCUUCUGAAUUGCACCCAAUAUAUGAACAUGAAGAAGAAAUGGCUGAAAUAGGAGAAAAAGAUUUAAACAUGUUUUUAGGUAAUACAAAUUUACCCAUCGAAGAGGCUGCAGGAUCUAGUACGAGAUUGAGAUUAUCAGAAACUCAACAGCAAAACCAAUUACAGAAUAGCUCACUUUUUCAAAAUAUUAGAAGCCUGCAAAGUGAUUUUUUCGAGGUCCUUACCCAACCCAUACCCGAAUUUUUUUAAAAAAAUUUGCUCGAUCCAAGCCUGAGUACAUAUUUUUAGAUCCGACCUGAGCCUAACUAAAAGAAAAUUAAUAAUUUGAGCUUAUAUACUAUAAAAACAAUUAUAAAUUAUGUAUUUAUUAAUAUAGCCACCUUAAAUAAAAGUAUAUUUAACCCCCAUUUUCUAAUCAAUUUCAUAUAA